AUGUCCCUUCAGUAUCUACAGGUCCCUGUGAGUCAGUAUCUACAGGUCCCUGUGAGUCAGUAUGUCCCUGUGAGUCAGUAUCUACAGGUCCCUGUGAGUCAGUAUCUGCAGGUCCUUGUGAGACAGUAUCUACAGGUCCCUGUGAGUCAGUAUCGACAGGUCCCUGUGAGUCAGUUUGUCCCUGUGAGUCAGUAUUUGCAGGUCUCUGUGAGUCAGUAUCUACAGGUCCCUGUGAGUCAGUAUCUACAGGUCCCUGUGAGUCAGUAUCUGCAGGUCCCUGUGAGUCAGUUUGUCCCUGUGAGUCAGUAUUUGCAGGUCUCUGUGAGUCAGUAUCUACAGGUCCCUGUGAGUCAGUAUCUACAGGUCCCUGUGAGUCAGUAUCUGCAGGUCCCUGUGAGUCAGUAUCUACAGGUCUCUGUGAAUCAGUAUCUACAGGUCCCUGUGAGUCAGUAUCUACAGGUCCCUGUGAGUCAGUAUCUACAGGUCCCUGUGAGUCAGUAUCUACAGGUCCCUGUGAGUCAGUAUCUACAGGUCCCUGUGAGUCAGUAUCUACAGGUCCCUGUGAGUCAGUAUCUACAGGUCCCUGUGAGUCAGUAUCUACAGGUCCCUGUGAGUCAGUAUCUACAGGUCCCUGUGAGUCAGUAUCUACAGGUCCCUGUGAGUCAGUAUCUACAGGUCUCUGUGAGUCAGUAUCUACAGGUCUCUGUGAGUCAGUAUCUACAGGUCUCUGUGAGUCAGUAUCUACAGGUCCCUGUGAGUCAGUAUCUGCAGGUCCCUGUGAGUCAGUAUCUACAGGUCUCUGUGAGUCAGUAUCUACAGGUCCCUGUGAGUCAGUAUCUGCAGGUCCCUGUGAGUCAGUAUCUACAGGUCUCUGUGAGUCAGUAUCUGCCUCUUUGGGCUGAGAGCUGA